UAGAGGUCCAACCGCCCCACCCUCGUUACCGGCAUUUCAAAAUUUCCUCUCGCGCGCUUUUGACGACCGAAAUCGUCUCUCCGCUGCCGCCUUCUCUCCAGAGAAAAUGGUCGUGGCUCAAAAGCAGAAAGAAGCGGAAAUCACCGAGCAGGAUUCGCUUCUUCUGACAAGAAACCUUCUACGUAUCGCAAUAUUCAACAUCAGCUACAUCAGAGGUCUGUUUCCUGAGAAAUAUUUCAAUGACAAGUCCGUCCCAGCAUUAGAAAUGAAGAUUAAGAAACUUAUGCCUAUGGACGCUGAAUCAAGAAGGCUAAUUGAUUGGAUGGAGAAAGGCGUUUAUGAUGCAUUGCAGAAAAAGUACCUGAAGACGCUGCUUUUCUGCAUCUGUGAAAAACUUGAGGGUCCUAUGAUUGAAGAAUACACAUUUUCUUUCAGUUACACAAAUUCAGACAGCGAUGAAAUCUCCAUGAACAUAAAUCGUAAUGGGAUCAAGAAGCAUGGAACUGCGUUCAAGACAAGCCCUUCUGAUGUUACUCCAAAUCAGAUGAGGAGUUCAGCCUGUAAGAUGGUGCGGACCUUAAUUCAGUUGAUGAGAACUCUUGAUCGGAUGCCUGAAGAGCGUACUAUCUUGAUGAAGCUCCUUUACUAUGAUGACAUAACGCCUCUUGAUUACGAGCCCCCCUUCUUUAGGAGUUGCUCUGAAGAAGAAGGGUAUAGUCAUUGGGCAAAAAAGCCAUUAAAGUUGGAAGUUGGUAAUGUUGACAGCAAGCAUCUUGUUUUGGCUCUCAAGGUCAAGAGCAUCCUGGAUCCUUGUGAGGAUGAGAAUGAUGAACUUCAAGAAGAUGAAGUAAGCGUGGGUGCAGAUUCCAUGCAGCAGAGGUGUGAGGAUUCUUCCUCCACUGACACAGAUGAUGGUCAAUACAUUGUGGCACCGGCUGGUAUGAAUAAACUGGAAAAGAACAACAGUGGGAUCGAUGACACCUUCAAUGAGGAUGAUACACAAGAUGAUGAACAUGAAAGUGAAAAGUUGGCUUGCAUAAGGGAUUGGAUCAUUUCAAUGCACACAGACACUAUUGAUCUCCCUGACAUUCUAUCGAACUUUCCAGAUAUAUCAGUUGUAAGAGGAUUCCCCAUUGUGAGCAAGCUUGUAGAGGAAGGCCUUCUUACAAGUGCGGGGAAAGAUAUCUACUCCAUAAAAAGGGCAAAGAAGCUAGACGUUGACCUCAAUGUUGUGAAGGAGGAAAUGGAUGUUCCAGAAAAUGAUACUCUGACAAGCCAAAAUGAAGGAGAUGGUGAUCGGAUGUAUAUGAAGGCUUUGUAUCAUGCACUUCCUUUGGACUAUGUCACCGUCGCCAAGCUGCAGAACAAGUUGGAAGGGGAGGCAAACCAGGCUACUGUCCGGAAACUGAUGAACAGGAUGGCAAAGGAGGGAUACAUCGAAGUCAAAGGAAGCAGAAAAUUCGGGAAGCGUGUCCUUCACUCGGAGAUAACUAGCAGGAAGCUUCUGGAGAUCAAAAAAGCUCUAAACAUUGACGUCUCAGUAAUUGAAAACAAUGGACCAUCUACCAGGACAGUCGGUGAAGAUAUCAAACAAGAUCCAGGGCGCCGGAACCUCAACGACGGAUCCACAUAUGGUGGUUUUCACUCGAUUGGUUCGGAACUUACUCGUACUCGUGGGAGAUCUGGUAUGCUGAAAAACGCUUCCUUUCACAGCGACCAAACUUCUGGUGCAGAGAUGAGAGCGGACCCACGUACACCCACCAGCAUGGCUGUAGUGCCGAUGGCCUCUCGAGAGAGCAUGAUACAUGGCGUAGCUCAUGGUGGAGGAUGCAGGAUCGAUUCCCUGGGCAACGAUCCUGAUGCAUUGAGGUGCAGUCAGUCCACUCAGGAAAAGAGAGCCAGAAAAGCUAGCACGGUAAGGGAGCCAAUUCUACAAUAUUUGAAGCGGCAGAAGUCGCAGCCCAAGUGAGGACGGUGUAACUAAGGAGCAGACUGCUCCUUCCGUCGAAAUCUGUACUUCCAGAUGAGUAGAAUAAAGGGUAUUAUGGUAGUGAAAUACUGGAAGGCUGUGGCGCGAUACAACAUGGAAGUGCGAUCAUAGCCUUAUGUCAUAGCGAUAAAUGGUAUUCAGUAAGUAAAGGAAUUGAUUCAGCUCAUUCCAUAGAGCCCGUAAAGCUCGACUCGUUGUC